CCCGAGUUCAGGGCAAUGGGUGGCUGUAUUGGUUGACUGCGACUCCGGUAUCCUUGUCGUGUGUGCUCACUCUCCUUUGUUGCCGGCGGCUCUGUCGCAAGCAGGACAAAGACGGGAGACCCCGACUGCGAUAGUUGAACUAUCUACGGACGGAUCCAUUAGUUAAGCGACGAUUCAAAAGGACGAUUCAAAAAGGCCUAUUCUCGAUCAUGCCCAUGAUGAUGGACGACGGAAUCAACGUCGAUGAUUUGUUUGGCGAGCCGGCCUCCCUGGAGUUGGCCCUGCCGCCUGCCACCACGACUAAAGGUCUUGCUCAGCGGUUGGAUGAGUUGCGACUCCUGGGCUGCUGCCAGAAAAUUGCCUGGUCCCGACAGGGCUGCAUUGCAUAUAUCACCCAUGAUUCAUCACGGGUGAACCUCCGUCAUCUGGAGUGUCGGCCGUCCGAUGGCAAGUGGAUUCUAAGUGAAGACACGCCGCUGAACCCGGUGGCGGAGGCCCAUGGGGGUCAUCCUCUUGCCCACUUAUCCUGGAAUGAGCUGGGGUCCGAACUGGCCGUGGCCGAUUCGUCGGGUCGCGUGUCUAUCUACAACAUCGCCAUCGGUCUGAACAGUCUCGCCGGACAGCGUCAAGCGAUCUACGAUGCCGAUGACGAUGGCGGCCAGAUUGUUGGCAUGAUGUGGCUGAACAUUCAGCGCUCAGUCCAUGCGUUCAACCAAGCGGCCAAGGUGCAAGGCCGAUGGGCGUACUCCCCGUUUCGACGCCGUCCCAUCGGUCCACUGCAUCCGGCUGGAAAGGCGGCGUUGGUUUGCGUCACCAAAUCGGGCAUGAUUCGACUCUUGUAUCAGAAUCCCGACGCUCGAUGGGCGGAGAUUUCGGCAGAGCUGAAGACCACCGCCUAUUCAGACCGGCUGUUAACCCAUGCGGCCAUCGGGGCGGUCCAGGGUGGCAUCGUGAUCGCGACUCACUCGGCUUGCGAGAAGCUCUGUUUCUACCGGGCGCAGAUCAACUGGACUCCGGCGCAAUGGGAUCCAAGCCAGCUCAAGCAUGCCCCCAACCAAUUCCCCGUCCCCAAUUUCCGCUUCAUGCACGCCAAAGUCGAAACGUCUUCCAGUGUGCCCUCUGUGAACCGAGCCGAGGGUCAAAAUCCCAACGAUGCCCCUCAAUCCACAAAUUCCUUGUACUGUCUCACCCAUCUAGACAUUAUCAUGGCAGCACAUGACAAUCCCUCGGGCAUGACGACGAAUCCCUGGAUCGUUGCGGUGUUUUCUAUUCCCCCCCAUGCCGUGCCGGAUCCCUCGCAACAACUGCCGAGCAGUGUCAUCGUUCGGUGGCAGCUGGAAUCGGCCCCGCCGGUGUUGCACCCCAAGUUCGACGAAGUUACCUCGAAGAAGAACAACGUUCAGGUGAAGCCAAAAACUGCCAUCCGUCGGUUAGAAGAUAUUCAGUGUGACAAAUACGUGUUAUCGAUUGAUCAGACGGAAUUUGGAAACGUGUUGGCCAUCACCUACGAUGACAGCACAAUCACCUUUUACGACCCGAAAACGAUGGCCAUUCUCAACGGAAUCGACGAUGCAAAUACUGUUACCAGCUUGGCCCAGGCUGGCUUCAGCUAUCCACCCGAUACCCCAGGGCUGUACAUUGGCUUCUCUCCCAGCGGUUGCAUUGCUAUGACGCUUGAUGGCGACGGCCAAACGCAGCUCAGGGUCAUGGAGCACACGUAUGGCGUGGUGAAUGGGAUCCCGGAUGAGAGUAAACUAUCUGCAGCCAUUGCGUCUCUUACGUUGGCUUUCUGCCGUGGUUGUGGCAGCGAACUCAACACAGAUGAUAUCUUGAUGAUUCUUAGACGUCAAGUAUCACCGGACGAUCAAGCUACGUUUGUCAACGAAGUCUACCGUGCAUUGGCCGUCAACUGCAACUUCACCCAGGAGAACGACAAGCUCAUGAGCCAUCAAUAUCUUCCACGAUGUCUCAGCAUACAGGCCGCCCUCGGGUUCAAGGAUAAAUACAAGUCCCGCAGCUUUGCAUCCAACGUUCCUUGGACUAUCCUUCAACUGCGUCACGCAUCCGUUCUAUAUGCUCUAUUCCUCCAAUUUAUCAAGGGAGCUCAGACCGAGCCCCCAGACCCCGAUGCCCUGCGCAUUCUCCUGGGCAACACAAAAUGGGCCCUCGACUUCCUCCACUUCGUCCUCAACGACCUCCUCGACCUCGCCGAUGAACUCGAAGAUGUCCUCGACGACCAGGAGGCACUCGCCCAAAAACUCAAAACCACCACCUCCCUCCCCCUCGUCAUCCUCCUAUCCAGCAUGUCCCGCGCCUUCCUGCGCUUCAUCUGCCGCGGCCUCCGCGGCAUCCACGGCAUCCACACCGGCUACGGCGCCGCCCCGCUCUCCGGCGACGCGCGCCUCUCCUACAGCGAAGUGUGCCAGACGAUCGACGCGUCGCCCGUGCGCAUCGACGUGUACGAGAAGUUCGUCGCCGGCGUCGACUCCGCCGUCCGCCACGGCUACCACGCCGCCGGCUUCGGGGACGCCGAGCGCCCCGGCCCCGAGCGCGAACUGCUCGUCAACGCCCGCAUCGCCCCCGUCCUCGUCCCCGCCGUCGCCACCAUCCUGCGCCAGACCGUCCCCGCGCUGAAGCCCGACAUCGACCGUCUGGCCAUCUACACCGCCGACUAUAGCUGGUUGGGGCUGGGGACGGAUCGUCGGGCGGAGAUGUAUCGUCGCUCUCGCGAUGUGGAUAUCAUUAAGAAGAUUCCGGUAAGGCCGGUGCAGGUCUCUACGGGUGGUGCUGGUGAUUCGGCUAAGGGGUUCGUGGUGGCUCAUCACCAGCCGAGGAGGAGAUGUGUAAGGUGCUGUGAGAUCCUGUCCGGGAUGUACACGCCGCGUCCGUCGCUGUCGUUUCGCAUGUUGUAUAAAUUGGGGUAUGUGAGGUAUUGUAUCUGUGGUGGGGGGUGGACUUUGGAGACGGAUGCGAAGUAGGAGGGGCAGGGGUUGGAUGUGUAUAUAUUAUAAGUUACGAAUGAUACUUUUUUGCUAGUGGACGAUUGGGUUGAAGCAGGGAGU